CAACAAUCUACCGAUAUUACUUGAACGCACCAUUUUAAAGCUUCAUAUUUCCCCCAGCUUCACGCGGGUACGUGAAGGCAGCAGCGGGCCUUGCGUAGCUGCGAUCUCCUCGGGUCUUCUCGUGUCCGCCACAGGCUCGUGUUUCAUUGGAUACACACAGCGACACGCGGGACAGCUGCGAGCCGAGACUCGCUGUUUGUUUUUAUCACGAAGCUUUUUUUUUAUUAUUCCAAAUCGGCUGUAAAUCCAUCAUGAAGCAUAUGCGGAGUCAUCGGCUGCGCUGCAGUUCACCACCACCGCCCCCACCCAACUACAACAACAUCAACAAACACAGCAGCGGGGCCGGUCUGUGAAUCACACUCGCUUCUUUUGAUAUGCAGCUGCUCUCCUGUGUCCGGGGUGGUCUUUGUGUUUCUUUGGAGGGCGUCGGCUUUUAUUGUGCUUUUUAAACAGCUCGCUGCUGCCUUCCUUUGGCUCUCAUUCAAUCGGAAGGAGCACAGCAGCAGCUACGUCCUGAGGAGGAGCGUCCCCCUGGUGUUUUAUUACGGCAGAAGACCCGGCAGCAGACAGGGACUCAGGAAAGCACAGACAAGAGACAACAUGUUCGACAUGAGAGGGAUCCCCUUUGUCCUAUUAGAUAUAGUCUGUCUGGUUCUGGGAGGUCUGCCUCUGGCAGCCUAUAACCUGGGUAAGAUCCGUCCCUACCAAAGGGGCUUUUUCUGUACAGACGACAGCAUCAAGUACCCUUUCCACAGCAGUACAAUCACCUCCACGGUGCUCUACACUGUGGGCUUCGCCCUGCCCAUUAGCUGUAUGAUUGUUGGCGAGUGUCUUUUAGUUCAUCUAAACCGCAUCAAGUCCAAGUCGUCUUUCGGCAGCUACGUUGCCUGCCUUUACAAAGCCAUCGGCACCUUCGUUUUCGGUGCCGCCAUGAGCCAGUCUCUGACGGACAUCGCCAAGUAUUCAAUCGGCCGGCUUAGGCCGCACUUCCUGGAUUUGUGCAGACCCGACUGGAAACUGAUCAACUGCUCGGCAGGGACUUACAUCGAAGACUUUACCUGCACUGGAGACGCGAAGCAGGUCAACGAGGCCCGGCUCUCGUUCUACUCCGGCCACUCGUCUUUUUCCAUGUACUGCAUGCUCUUCCUCGCUCUCUACCUGCAGGCUCGGCUCCAGGCCGACUGGGCGCGGCUGCUGAGACCGACCAUCCAGUUUUUCCUGAUUGCCGCCUCUGUGUACACCGGACUGUCGAGAGUGUCUGAUUACAAGCAUCACUGGAGCGACGUUCUCACCGGACUCAUACAGGGCGCGCUCAUGGCUCUGCUCGUGGUCUUCUUCGUGUCAGACUUUUUCAAGCCACAAAUGGAGUCCCGUAAAGAGGCAGACAUCCCACACACGACUCUGCAGGAGACGCCAACAAAUGGAAACCACUUUGAAAGCCCUAACUAAGCUAAGUGAGCAGUGGAGGCGACCUCUGCUCUGUCCAAACGCACGCCCGGGAUCCCAGCUCUCUACCUACCAUCUCACGCCAAUUAUCUCUGAUACCCUGCAUGGAUUUACAACGUGAAGUUACUUGAUUGUGCAUUAAGUGCGCCGGUGGACAAAACACAUCCUAGAAAACCCACACUGGCCUGUUCAAUUUCAAGACAGUUUGCUGUCUCGUCCACCACUUCUCCUCGUGGCUGGAGAGAGUUGAGACAACCUGUACAAUCCCUGUAGUUAAGCUGACUGAAGCAGAUGUAGGUUAGGGGCUAGAGGUUCUGAGAGGAUGGAACUCCUUUUUUUUUUUUUUUUUAGCAUGUAUGAAUCUACUGAACCAAUGGAAAGACUUGCCUGCAUGCACCCACUAAAGGGUCUGACCACUGCUGGGAGGGGUGGGGAGGUUGGAAACCUGUGAAUGUAUCUCUGCUUAGUGCUUUUCCUGACCUGGAGUCAGUGUGCUGGAUGAUCUGCUUUAGGGUCAGCUUGGUCUCCAUCCUUCUGACCAUGCUGCCUCAGGUUCAUUGUUAAUUAAAGGGCUGACGGCAAAGCCGAUCCCAGACCAGAGGCUGUCGACACAGCUGCCGACUCCAGGUCAGCGCCGUCUUCCUCUCCAGCUGUCUAACCUGAUGUUCAAAUCAGGAAGUUUGAUUUGUAUCACGAUUGGUUAGAGUGCUGCAGAGUUCAAGUCAUGUGUUGCCUUUGCUGGACUGCUGCUGCUAUUACAGCUUCCUGUGUAACUAAUGUAAACAUAAAUAAAUGGACAGUGUGCUUUUUAUAUAAUCUGUAAGUAAACAAAUCACCCUACAGUCAUUUAUUGAAAUAUGUCAAAUAUGUACAUCACGCUCCCUCAUCUAAAAAAACAAGAAAAAAUAAAGCUGUUUAUUAUAUCGUU